AUGACCCAACCGCCGGCCCAACCCCAUCUUACACCACAGUUCUGCUUCUCGACAGGAGCUCUGAGGGACUUUCUAAGGCUGUCUCGUGCCACGAUCGACGACUCCAUCACUCAAAACCUCAAUGCGCUUGUAACACCCGCGCGAGCCGGCUUCGACCCUACCUCGACCUCACAACGAACACCGCGUUCCUUCCCUCGACAGAUAGACCCGCAAGCAUGUCAGAACUUCAAGGACCAGGUGCUCUUCCCGACAUGGCAUGCGCGAGCUGAAGUCCUGCACUAUUGCGGAGUGGUUGCGACAAGUCCAGACCCAGACGAUCCGGAGGUUCUGUUACGGCAGAUUGAGGCUGCAAAGGACAAGGAACGAGUUGUCAACGAACGCUUGGAUCCAUACUCUGGACGGUUCUUCCCUCGUGAGCCUCGGACGGAGCAACUCGCGAUGCUUAUUCGGCAAGAGAAGGGCGUGGAGAACAUUGUGCGGACAAGAACGUGGGAUAUGGUCAAACAGCGAUGCGGGGAGUCGGCAAAUUCGUGGGAGGAGGCUCUUGCGGGUUGGCGCUCAAGAGCUGCCGGGAAAGUCGAUGGCUUGUAG